AUGCUUACAAAGUGGCCAGGUGAUAUGGAUCGCCUUCGGCGGAUGUCGAUAAUUGAGGAGGAUGGAGAAAAACGCGUCAAUAUGGCUUACCUCUGCAUCAUCGGCUCUCAUGCCGUGAAUGGUGUCUCUGAAGUUCACUCCAAAAUCCUCAAGGAUGACGUGUUUCACGACUUCUAUGAGAUGUGGCCGGAAAAAUUCCAAAACAAGACAAACGGUAUCACACCGAGACGUUGGCUCCUCUUGUGUAAUCCCUCUCUAUCUGACGCGAUUAUGGAUGCCCUAGGAGAUGAUAGCUGGAUCACUAACUUUGAAAAGCUGAAGGAUCUUACUGCCCUCUCAAAUAACAUCCAAUUCCUGCAAAAUCUGAUGCGCAUCAAACGUGAAAAUAAGGCCAAAUUCGCGUCCUACGUGGAGCAACAUUACAAAAUCAAGAUUGACCCCUCCACUCUUUUCGACUUUCAGGUAAAGCGCAUCCAUGAAUACAAGCGCCAGCUGUUGAACUGCUUCUACGUGAUCGCACAGUACAACCGGAUCAAAGCGAAUCCGAACUUGAGGAUGGUGCCGCGUACUGUAAUGAUUGGUGGAAAGGCGGCGCCUGGCUAUCACAUGGCCAAGUUGAUCAUCAAACUCAUCAACUCUGUUGGCAAAGUGGUCAACAAUGACCCCAUUGUGCGUGGAAGACUCAAGAACUGGUUCACAUUCAUCUCAUCCCAUGCCUCAAGGUACGACUCACAGGCGUACAUUGAUGCUUGUCCAGAGCUCAAGUUGAUUCUGUCACAAAUCGGUCAGGGAUAUUUCUCACCUGAAGAGCCGGAUCUCUUCAAAGAUAUCUACAAGACCAUGAUGUUUGGCGACCGCUUCAUGCUCUGCGCUGACUUCGCCGACUACAUGAGAGCUCAAGCUGAUGUCGAUAAGGCCUAUAGGAACGAGAAGCAGUGGGCACAAAUGAUGCUAGCAAAUAUUGCGGGUUCCUGGAAAUUCUCUUCUGACCGCACCAUCCGCGAGUACGCUCGCGACAUUUGGGGCGUGGAGCCACGGGAGGAGAAGUUGCCCGCUCCCUUCGAGAACCCUGAAGAUCCUGCUGCUACCUCCAGCAAGUAG